UCUAUCCCUUCUUUCGCUUGCCUUAGGAAGCUCCUUUGAGACGCCUGGGGGCCCGGGGGUUCACUGUAUCUGCCUGUCAAGCCACCGGAGCAAAUGAAGCGCCCUCUGUCAGAUCUCAAGUUGGGAUCAGCUUUGUGUAGCUACAUAGCCACCAUUGGGGAUGGAUCUGCUUCCACGUCAUACGUGGCUUUGGUUAUUUAGGGUGCGGCAACGCCCCCUUCCCUCAACAGGAUGCCGUUAUCAUCACCAACUCAUCCCAUACCCAUCCUUGGAUUCCGAAUACCAACUCUACGCACAACCACCUCUACGACCAGAGUAUCUUCGAAAAGCAUAGCGCGUCGAGCCCCACCUCGAAUCCACCUUUCAUGAUUCAAAACUUUCAGACACACAAAUCAUCAACAAUACUCCACCGAUACGAUGCCGAGACUCAGUGACGCUAUUAAGGACGACCACCGGAAGAUCGAGCAGGCCUACCGAUACAUCCUCACAUCCACGACCCCCGAGGACAAGAACCGCUGGAGGAACGAACUCGCUCUAGAGCUUGCCCGGCAUUGCAUCAGUGAGGAGCAGGUGCUGCUGCCCAUCCUCAAGGACCGACUGUCGGAUGGCGACUCACGGGGCGCCAAGAACCACACCGACAGGGAGAGCCUGAAAGAAAAGAUCUGCCGCCUCAAGGCCAUCCCCGUCACCGACUCGAGCUUCGAGCCCGAGCUGAAGGCACUCUGGGUGGACAUGGCGGCCCACGUCCGCGACACCGACCACCAGGACGUGGCCCGUCUCGAGGAGUGCCUCACCAUUACCGAGUCCGAGGAGCUGGCCCGGCAAUUUUGGGAGACCAUGUCCAUGGCGCCAACCCGCAGCAACCGCUCGGCCGACCGGGGGCCUCCGUCCCAGUUGAUUACCGACUUCCUCGCCACAAAGAGCGGAUCCCUCAAAGACAUGGAUCCCAUUCUGCGGGGCUGUCGAUGAGGGGUAAGAAAUCUCGGGGUCGGAUGUGCUGGACGCUUUCACGACCCACGACCUUAUGACGGAAUGAGCAAAUAAGCAUGUGCUUUUAAACCAAUGGAAUAUCUUUAAUAAUUCUCAAUGUGUCGCAAGGCGCAUAUAAGCCAC